CUUGCUUCAAGGGUCGGCAUCCGAAUUUCGAAAUUGGCUGGUCAUCCAUCCCAUAACAUGCGUCCGCCAUACUACCGCCAUAGCUAUUCUGCUAAUCUGCAUCACAUACUCCAACUCGUCCUCCAUGUUCUUCCUCCGUCGGCCUACGUCGGUUCCCGAUGAAAUUUAUUCGUCUUGUCUGGCAACGCUCUACCAGGGUCACGCCCUCUGGUAUCCUGAACCCCACGCGUCAGGCGAGCUGCAAAUCGGAGACGUCGGCUUCGUGCACAGAGGGGCAUUCGCCAGACUCUUCAAUUUGGACACCUCUGCACCUGACAAGAAGGUCACGUUCUGGGACCCGCCGUUCGAGAUCACCGAUCCAGGCGUGCUCAAGCUCGAUCCUGGGCGUCCCUGCCCACUAUCGCAGUCAUGGAGUUGAGAUCAAGCAGGGAGAUGCCUCAGUAGACAUGCAAGCGCACCUGCUCGCUUGAUGAAUCUAUCCUAUUGACGGUCUGUAGAGCGCCUGGUGCCAAUGUAUCUGCGACACUGAGCGCGGAGUACGCGUGCAAGACAGCCGAAGGCGCCGCGGUCCUUGAGCUGAAGAGCGAGGCGUAUGCUGAAGCGAUAUUCGAGAACUUGUCGCUGAAGGAGUACAUCGUCCGACACCAUGGCGAAUGGUACAACUAUGCCAGGGGCAAACUCCACCAAGAUGUCAAGUAAAGGAACAUUGUCAUGAUCUGCGGCCGGUUUAAGACCGAAGCCGGUUGGACGGCGGUUGCCUUCAGCAACACGAGCACGAGUUCCAGGACGUCGGUCGGAGCCCAGGCUGGUAGCAUUGCAGGGGCGAAUUUGAGCGCACUGAAUACGACUUCCAUGACUGGUCCGACGAUGCGAAGGCAGGGUGAGGACUACUCUGCGAAAGCCUCCGAAUUUGCUGUACAAUCAUCCGACCCUCCUGCGAACGCGUCCAAUCCCGUUGCGAAUGCGCCCGGUCUCACUGUUCCAGAGCCGAAGAGAACCAGUCCGUCUUUGUCAGACGCUACAAGAUGGAAAGGCGGUUUGGAGAGCUGAAAGAAAUUGUCGCUGGCGCGGGCUACCACCGGCUUCUGGAUGCAGGAGAUGCAAGGAGUGGCGCCGCGGCGGAAGGGAUCGUGGCGCAGGAAGUGGGAGAUGUCGAUGAGACGAGCAUUGUAGAAUUUGAGAGUGAGGGCGAAGUCCCUGAUCCAUUAGAUGUCCUUCUUGACUAUAUACUCGAGACGACCGACGUCGAGACCGCUAUAGCGAGUGAUGACGAUGUGUGGAGUAUUGUCGGCGGGAAGUCGGUGGUAGAUUUUGCAAGCUAUCUUCGUCAUACGCAGCCUCCGGUCCAGGUCAUCGGCACGGUCGGAUCACUAUCUAUGGAAGAUGUUAUCUCUCACGAGCAAGCACUCGGAUUUACUCGUCGGGUCAUCACCGCGUCCGAUUCGGCGGAGUGGCCGGAUGCCUCCAUAGACGGGGUCGGUUGCCAGUGCUUGAAGGAUGGGCGCGUCUUCAUCGGCCCCUCAAAUGCGGAGACUCGGCCUCUCAACUUGCAGCGGCUAGCCUUUACCGAUUCACGAAAUCCAUCUCACCGCUGUCACUCCCUCGCUCUGUCGGCGGACGGCAAGUUUCUGGCGGCAUCGUUCAACAGCCACACAGAAAGCGUUUCCGCUCUCUGCUUCUCCCUCAUCGACUACACCCUUGUCUCAGGUUCUGAUGACGGGACCGUAAUUGUGUGGGAUACUCGAUGCGGCCACGUACUUCUACAUCUGGUGCACGGCGAGCCAGUGGGUAGCAUUGCAUAUGCUCCUCAAAACGCGCUCAUUGCCACUGGUUCUGCCACCAACGGAUCCAUGAAGGUUUGGGAUGCCUCGAGUGGAGCGUGUCUGCAUUCCUUCAGCGUUGAUGGAAAACUAUACAUGCUCGCCUUCUCCCCGCACAGCUCAUGUCUCUGUGUCGACCUGGGCGCAUUUUGCAUCCUCUAUGACAUUCACACCUAUGCACGUACUGCUACUUUACAGCAUGAUGUCGAGAAAUGGCUCCAGUCGUCGAUGUCUCAUCAAGGCGACUGCAUUGUCACCGGCUCGGCGUUGAACAUCCCGGGACCAGUGAAGAUUUGGAGCACGGCGACUGGCGAAGAGCUGCUCACGAUUGACCACCCGAAGAAGCUCUCACGUCCCGUGGCAUUCUCCCCAGACGGGGCCGAGGUGGUGGCGGGCUGUGACGCGGAUACGACAGCCGUCACUUACGAUUAACGCACGGGCCAGCUACGUCGUGUCUUCAAGCUCACAGAGCCAGCAUUUUGCGCGGCCUACUCCCCAGAUGGAGACUAUGUCGCUUUUGGUGCCUGGGGCAGUAGGGAUGUGGAGCUGUACGAUACGAAGACUGGAGCAUUUCUCGCAAAGUUUGAUGGAGCGACCCGGGGAGGAGAUGGGGGUAUUAGGGAGAUUUGGUUUCCAUCUAAUGACACAGUCUUAGCACGAUUUUGGGGUGCUUCCUUACUUCUGUACAAUAUCCAGGAUGUGUUGCGAAUGCGAUAGCACAGCAUUGGUGUAGCGAUACCUGCCUGGCUUGAUGCACUAUAACAGC